UGACGUCUACACUGACGCCGCAAUAACAGCAUCGGGAAUGCUGCACGAGGACUGCUCAACUUGGGUCCCAAGUGGAGUUAAAAACAAUUGAAGAGUAUCUGCGAAUUUUACAGAAGAAGGCCCAAAUCGGAAACGCCGUUGUUAAAUAAAAGUAAUUUGGAUUAUACAUUACAGUGUUCCAGCGUGAGCUAAGAAAGCUCCGGUUGUAAGAGAGCUGUCAGGUGAGCUAGUUAACUUUACGUUAGCUGUCUCUGCUAAGCUAUUUGUCAACACAACUGUCAUCCUCAGUGACGACCGUAAACGGCAGUUCAGACGUUGGUCGUUUCAGAAUGGCCGGAGUGUUCGAUAUAGACUUGGAGACUGAGGAUCUCAGUGAAUCAGAGGAUGAUGUUUGUGAUGGCACCGUAACUGAACCAGACAAUGUGCAAAAAGAAGAGGUGGAGCUGACCAGUGAAUCUGUUAAUAGAGACUGUGAGAGAGUUGGACCAGAUUUCUUUGAGCUUCUCACUGUGCUUGGAAAAGGAGCCUAUGGCAAGGUUUUCCAGGUGAGGAAAGUUCGAGGUGCCAUGUCAAACAAAAUAUUCGCCAUGAAGGUUCUCAGAAAGGCCAAAAUUGUUUGCAAUGCUAAAGACACUGCACAUACGCGAGCAGAGAGGGAGAUCCUCGAGACAGUGAGACAUUCUUUCAUCGUGGAUCUCUUCUAUGCCUUUCAGACUGGUGGUAAACUCUACCUCAUACUGGAGUACCUAAGUGGAGGAGAGCUAUUCAUGCAAUUGGAGAAGGAAGGCAUCUUCAUGGAAGACACUGCUUGUUUCUAUCUAGGAGAAAUCAUAUUGGCUCUUGGGCACCUCCACUCUAAUGGAAUUAUUUACAGAGACCUCAAACCUGAAAACGUCAUGCUUAAUCACCAAGGACACAUCAAGCUAACGGACUUCGGCCUCUGUAAGGAGUCAAUUCAUUAUGGAAGUGUCACACACACAUUCUGCGGCACCAUUGAGUACAUGGCCCCUGAGAUCCUUACAAGGUCAGGCCAUAACAGAGCAGUAGACUGGUGGAGCCUUGGAGCCCUGAUGUAUGACAUGAUGACUGGAUCGCCUCCAUUCACAGCGGAGAACAGAAAAAAGACCAUUGAUAAAAUUUUGAAAUGCAAACUUAACCUACCUCCGUAUCUGACCAUAGAUGCCAAGGACCUCAUCAAGAAGCUGUUGAAGAAGAAUCCCGCCCAAAGACUUGGCUCCAGUAAAGCAGACUGUGAUGAUAUCAAAAGACAUCCAUUCUUCAAGCAAAUCAAGUGGGAUGAUCUUCUAAAUAAGAAAGUUGAGCCACCAUACAAGCCACAGCUGCAGUCCGAUGACGAUAUAAGCCAGUUUGACACCAGAUUUACCAGACAGACACCAGUGGACAGUCCAGAUGAUUCCUCACUCAGCCAAAGCGGAGAGCUCACCUUUGCUGGUUUCACCUAUGUGGCUCCUUCAGUCCUGGACAGUUUAAAAGAAGGUUUCUCCUUUGAACCCCGAAUGCGGCCUGCUCGCCGACACAACAGUAGUCCACGCACACCUAACAGGAUUUCACCAAGCGCUGAAUGAGGCCCAAGUGUCUCUUCUCUACCGUGGAAAGACUUCCUACGAUAAGCGAAAUUCAGGAGAGUGAUGAGGAUGACGAAAACUUGGCCUGUUUUUCAAAAACACUGGAGGAGGAUAUGGGCUCCAUCACAGAGCUUUCGCAGCCUGCCCCUUUCCCUCGACAUGGGCCCCUCAGAGGUCAUCGUCACUUGAUGGUACGCAAAUGCUUCAGAGCCACUGGAGGUCAUCGAGCUACAUGUUUAAAUUCUUCAAGGACCUCUUUGAUGACUCUGGACAUACUGGAUAAAUCUCUCACUUUAACUGAGCAGGCAAAAUGUGAGCUGUCGCUGCAUUUUAACCAGAAUUUGUGUGACAGCCUGCUGUGAGUGAGCUUGUUUUAACUUUAACAAUAGAAUUCCCUCCCCGCAGUCUGCUUUGGAAUACAAGUCAUGAUUCAAUCAUGCAAAUUGAGCCACUUUUCAAAACGGAUCUGAUUCCCUUUCCGAAAUUCUAAAGUACAGCUUGCCUGAGGUUUCAACAAUACUCAAAGAAUUCUUUUUGAAAUAACUCAUUUUUGGGCUUGUACUAUGUUGGCAAGAGAAGGACAAAGCCUAAACAUUUUUAGGAAUCCAUAUCCUGUGCAUGUGGUCGCCUAUCCAUGAUUUAAUUUUGCUUUCCCUGAAGUACUGUGAUCACAAUCAUGUGUGUGAGCGAGUGCGCAUGUGUGUGUGUGUGCGCUUCUGUGUGUGUUGGGGAGGUCUAGUGUUGGCAGGAUUUGUGCAGGAGACGUCCAACAAUGUGGCGUGAGAGAAAGGAAGCAGAGCGCACAACACCCCAUGCCUGGUGUAUAUUUGGAUGGACAAUUUGACAUUGCGCAACACAGCAUUCUCCAAAAACAAAACUUAACUAAAGCUAAUUUUGGCUUGCAGCAGAAAAAAAAAAAUCGACACUGAAAAGUCAAGGCCCCUUACGUACUAUAUAUGCUGAAAACAAAACAAAACAAUGAUCUUGUCUCAAUUUACUUAGUUUGAAACCAAGGCCUGUUCAAGAAAAAACUACUAUUCUCUUGUGCUGAUGGCAACAGGCAGUUAGAGAAGGCAUGGGUCCCAUAUUGCAGCAUCUCAACAGCAAAUUGAGUUUCUCAGCGAAUAACAGUGUUGUAUGUUGUACAGAAAUUGGCAAAUAGCUAAAUUCUUUAGCAGCGAAUGAUAAUUGGUCAACCUGGUAUUUUACUGAAUAUUUAUUUGACCAAUUGAUUCUCGGAUGUCUGAAAGCUCCUGCUAAGCAAUUAUGCUGUGGUCUGGGGUGGUGUCGAGUGUUUUUUUCUGUCCCAAUCUGCUCAGAAAAUAAUUGUCAGUGUUAAAUGUGUUCCAUAUUUUGGAUUGAAAGUUAUUAUGUGUGGCUGAGCCACAAACCCUAUCAUUGUGACGUCUAAUGGAACAAUAACCAAUUCGGAAGUGACCUGAAGCUUUGUUGCUGCAUACAAAUGGAGAAGCAAUUGGUUGUAUUUAACGAUUGUUUUCGUCAUGUACCACACAUAAGCUAUUUUGUCUGUCACGUUUGAAGAUGUUAAACAUUUCUAACAUGUAUAUGUAUGUGUUUGCUGACUCAUGUUUAAUGACUUGUUUAAUAUGAAAUGUGUGAAAUAAUCUAAUGAAUUGAAAAUUAACAAUACAAGUUUAACAAUAGAAUGUGUGGUGUUAUCACCUUACUUAUGCUUAUUUUGGUCAUAAAUGCAACAUAUAUUAGUCGCAUCAUCUCCUGAAUCCCAUGUACACAACUAAGUGCUCAUUUGCGAGACUGAGACAUUAAAUCAGUGCUUCUCAAUUAUUUUCUGUUACGCCCCCCCCUAGCAAGAAGAAAACUAUUCGCGCUCCCCACCGUGACUAUCCUAACUUGUCUUGUAAGUCGUAAAAUGUUGCACUGUCGCAAACGUGACAGAAGUAACAAUGAGAGCGCCACUGCCGCCUACUGUAGUAGAUGCGCAAUUACACUUUAUUCUAGUACUGCCAAAAAAAAAGCCUGUUCCCCAGGGUCACACGCGCCCCCCCAGGUAUAGCACCGCGCCCCCCUUGGGGGGCCCGCCCCACUAUUUGAGAAGCACUGCAUUAAAUGCCGAACAAAAUCAAAUGAUGUUGCUCUGCCAGGUUUCUGAUUGGCUAAAUUGUGCUUGAGACAGUGGACAGAUUGUAUUUCAAUUGUGUUGAAAUUGUCCACCAUGCACAUGUCAUGAAAUCAAAACGAGUAGAGUUGUAAAUACGUGACAGUGGUAAAACGGCAGUCAUUUGAAUUGUCCAGUUUGCACAUGUCAUGAAAUCAAAACGAGUAGAGUUGUAAAAUACUUGGCGGUUGUGAAACAGCAGUCAUUACAAUUUGUGUAGGGCAGUGCUUCUCAAUUAUUUUCUGUUACGCCCCCCCCUAGCAAGAAGAAAUCUAUUCGCGCCCCCCCUCCCCACCGUGACUAUCCUAACUUGUCUUGUAAGUCGUAAAAUGUUGCACUGUCGCAAACGUAACAGAAGUAACAAUGAGAGCGCCACUGCCCCCUGCUGUAGUAAACGCGCAAUUACACUUUAUUCUAGUACUGCCAAAAAAAAAGCCUGUUCCCCAGGGUCACACACGCCCCCCCAGGAAUAGCACCGCGCCCCCCUUGCCCCACUAUUUGAGAAGCACUGGUGUAGGGCAAUGUCUAAAGUCCAGCUGAGGGGCCUAAUGCUCAAAUUUCCACCUGCUCGCAGACUGGUAUAAAAUUAAUAUGUGGCCCGUCAGUCAACACUGUUGAGCACAGUAGAAAGAAAAGCAAUUUUGCAUUCCACCAGAUGAUGGCAGCAGACCUGUGGCCGCGCUCUCAGAUGCUUUAGGAAUGGAUGGUUUUGCCCAAGGCGCAAAAGUAGCCAGGACCGCCUCUGGUGUGUUUCCCAACCACUUUGCCGCGGCUCACUGGUGUGCCGUGAGCGAUGUUCAGCUGUGCCGUGGGAAAUUGUCCAAUAUUAAUUAUGGAGCGCAAUUCGGGGUCGGCUCUACGCAGGGGCAAGAGGGGGCAACGCCCCCUCAAACAGAUAUCCUGCCCCCUCAAAUCAAACUUUUAGAAGGGAAAAAUCCGCUGAUAGAAACACACGUUAAUCAGCCCCCCCUCUUCUCUCAUGUCCGUGCAGUGUGUGUCCUCACACAGCCUCCUGUCAGGACUCCGCGACCCUCUGUAAACAUCCAAUCACUGUGAGUAUGCAAAUGAGGCAAGACGCAGCCAGCGAAUGUCAAGUUACAGUCAGCGCGGUAGGAGUUGGAAGAAGCUGUAAAAACUCCACCAAACUCGUCGUAGCGACCCGUGAUACAACUAAUGAUUAACAACAACUCAAAUAAUAGUUAAUAUAACAUUCAUAUUAUAUGUUCCCCCCCUGAGGGAUUGCCUUAUUGGUCUUCAGGUGGGACACCCAAGCUGGGCAGGUCUUAGUGUAGAGGCCUGACAGAGUGCAAUCCACUUCUCCAAGUUGAGAUCUGGACACACAGCUAACAACUGCCGUGAAGAAAACACUAACAGUGUUAAAAAUGUGUAAAAAAAAAAUUCUUAUGUGCAUUCCUAGAACCGGCCUUGGAGUGCAUUGUAAAAAGGAUUGACGGUCAAGGCCUGGUCAGCCACUUGCUAAUUGCGCAUGCGUGGCUAAUCGGUUGAAUCUUGAGAUUUCAUGUUGUGUCGAUCUGAUUGUAUUGCAUCGACACAUAAUCAAAGUUUGUGUGCUGUUGUGUGCUUUUG